UGCUGGUGAUGUUUGGAUGUCCUUUUCAUACUUUUGGCCCAAUGCGGUAAGCAGCCUUUGUUUACAUUUCGGCAUGCAAGUGCGCAUCUUCCCGCCAAAACCAGAAAAAGUACAAGUUGGCACAAAAUGCACGGCUUUCCUGUUGAUGAAACCAGUGUGCUCACACUACAUUCUUCUCCCCUGUGAUUUGGAAGGAGUCUGCUAGUUGAGAUUUGCCCGUAAACGAGAGCAAGAUCGCCAGCUUCAACGGAUGAAAGACGUUACAAAUACGUUCAACGCUAUGCAGAUGAGUCCACAGCUCUCUUUGAAGGAGUUCACAUUCUCUGUAAAGUCGCCGAUUCCAAGUCCGAUGGCCUCGACUCCUAGCAAGUUGCCCUCAUUGAAGACUCUUGAAACACCAGUCAAGCCUUCCCCUACGAGGUCGAGAUCACACAUGGGGUUUGUCAACAGGAAGAAGUACGUCCAAGACUAUCACAGACUACAGCCGAAGAGAUCGCAUCUGGACAACAUGCUGGACCAGAAGCUCACGUCCUUCCCUCUGGCCCCACCUCGCCCCAAGAACUUGUCGCCAUCAGUACAGAAGAGUCCGGAGUUCAACGCCACUGACCUCGAGCUUGGUUCUAGCAAGACCAACUCGCCUCUGGAUAAUACCUCUAUAGUCUUGGUGGAGGACUAUAUCAAGCAAAAGACCCUGGGAAGGAAGAAACUCUCUGUAUCUGAGCUGAAGAAAUCUAUGAAAGCUUUUGAGCCAGAAGACAAUGUCAUCAACGAGGAAGCAGAGAUGGAUGCUACCACCUACCUCUCGAGAGCCAAGUCUAUUCUCACAUUGAAUGACUCUUCAAAGUUACCGCCCAGUGGGUUGGAGAUCGGCUCAAGCUCGAAUUCAUUACUAUUAACAUCUUCCUAUCUACAGGGAUAUGAUAAUGAAGUGUGGAGUACGCCGUGUACCUCACAGCAUUCCACUGUGCUUGGACCGUCGUCUGAUGCUACUCGAUAUUCAAGCAGUUCGCUGACUGGCUCUAUGGCCACUCUGAAACUAUCAGACACGAAUGAAUAUCCAAGGGUCGAGUUCUCAAUAGCAACUGAUUCUUCGCUUAAGUACUGUGUCAUAUGUGAAACCCCACUCUACGACAUCAGCAGUCAUUUAGUGGGCACUACAAAGAACUAUACGGAAUUUGUAUGCUGCAACUGUACUGAAAAGUAUGAGGUCCUAUCAAGGCUACUAGAUGAAUUCGAUACAACAUUAUCAGGAUUGACUACUAUUCCUGAAGAUAUUGAUGAUAUUGAAGAGGCAUUAGCACAGCCCUCGAUGAAAAGGCGUAAAAACACAGAGUUCUCAAAGACCUUGGUGGAUAGGCUAAAGGGUCAUUUAAGGGAUGGUUCACCAGCAAAGAGGUUUGAAAUGAUGGAUCGAACCUCUGCAAUCUGGUUACUCGAGGCAAAGAAGAAACUCCGUUGGAGAUGGAGAAUCAGCGGACUAGUUCCUAGGUUUAUGAAGAGGAAUGAACAGUCCAAUACUAACGACGUAUAAUAAUAAUACAAUAAUGACGCAUACUUAUAACACAUCAUGUAAUACAUGG